UUAAACAAUUUUGGGUUUUUUCUGUUAAAAUAUUUUUGUUUUUGAUGAGUAUGUGUUGGCAAUUUUUGCUUAUCUUUGUUUUUAGUUAUGGCAUGUUUUUCACGUUUUUUUCCUGCUUCGUCCUUUUCUGUGUUUUUUAAUCUGUCUUUGGUUGGUUGAUUAUUUCUAGGGACAAUUCCAUGAAUUCCAUUCUUUUUUCUGGGAACUGUAAUAAAAUUAAAAAUAUCAGAAUUGUUCCAUGCUGGCUUAGCAAUCAAAUCGCUCACUAGGGGCAAGGAUUUAAGAUCUUUAGCAAAAAAAAAAGAAAAUGUGAAAGCAACAUUCAGUAGCUCAGAUAGAGGACCUUGUCUUUACGUGGCGAAUGAAAACGCCUGGGCAUUACUUGCUAGAAGGUCGCAGGUUCGAUGUCUGCUUGGGGCUGGAGUUUACCUUUCCCUUACUAAAUUAGAAAUCAGAAUGUGUAUUUUAUUAGCUAAUAAGUAAAUAAGAAUUUAUUUUUUAAAUGCCUUGAUCAUGACACUACAUAGAUCUAAGAAAAAUAAAUGUCUGGAUCCAGAUCCAGUCCUAUCCCUAGUUAAUAACUACCUCCAACAUAAUUUUUGUUCUUCUCAUUUUCCCCAUGUUGCUGCCCUUGUUUUGUUGGCUGUUUUUUGUUUUGAUGUUUUUCCUGUUUUCCUAAAGGUUCUCUUAAAUGUUUCACUCUUAUUCUUCUCCUCUUUGGGGGUAUUAUUCGCUUCUUUCUUUAAUUAA